UUUUCUUGUGUGAAAGAAAAGAGAUGCAGGUCGCAAUUCAGCAUGAACCUCACUUCAAAAGCCAAAUGAAAAAGAAGUUACAGAGAAUGUGGACAGGGUGCCCUCUAGUGUAUUCAGCUUAAACUUCACCACGAAAGAGGAACUGUCUUGUCUACUCGUAAACAUGACUGCAAACACAUUUUCUACAAAAGUGAACUUACAAGUACACAGGAAAUGCGACCAAAUUAUAGAGCUUCACUACAAUUAUACAGGAAAAUACCAGAAAAAACAUGAUCAAAUGGACACAACCACCAUGCUGUUUCUUAUCAUUUGCAGUUUUAUCAUACUUGAGAACUUGAUGGUACUGAUUGCUAUAUGGAAAAACAACAGGUUCCACAACAGGAUGUAUUUUUUUAUAGGCAACCUUGCACUAUGUGACUUAUUAGCUGGUGUGGCAUACAUUGCAAACAUUCUCAUGUCUGGAAGCUAUACCUGCAACAUCUCAUUGACCUCCUGGUUUGUCAGAGAGGGUAGCAUGUUCAUUGCACUUGGAGCAUCUACAUUUAGCCUUUUGGCCAUUGCUAUUGAAAGGCACUUGACAAUGAUCAAAAUGAGGCCUUAUGAUGCCAACAAAAAACAUAGAGUAUUUUUGCUGAUAGGAACAUGUUGGCUUAUUGCCUUUUCACUUGGUGCCCUGCCAAUCCUUGGUUGGAAUUGCAUCGGAAACCUCAAGGAUUGCUCUACCAUAUUGCCUUUAUACUCCAAGCAAUAUGUUGGAUUUUGUAUCAGCAUCUUCAUAGUGAUUCUGUUCGCAAUAGUCAUUCUCUAUGCCCGCAUCUAUAUUCUGGUCAAAUCUAGCAGCCGCAGAGUCACUAACCAUAGUACUUCAGAGAGGUCCAUGGCACUGUUAAGGACUGUUGUCAUUGUAGUGGGCGUUUUUAUAGCCUGCUGGUCUCCCAUCUUUAUUCUUUUCUUGAUCGACGUCGCCUGUGAGGCUAACAUUUGUACGGUUCUGUACAAGGUAAAGUGGUUUAUUGCCCUUGCUGUUCUUAAUUCUGCAAUGAAUCCUAUCAUCUACACUUUGGCAAGCAAGGAGAUGCGCCGAGCCUUCUUCCGUCUUGUAUGUGUCUGCUUCGCCAAGACUAAGAAAUCAAGGUCUCUACCAAUACAGCCAACACUGGAUCACAGCAGAAGUAAGUCAAGUAGCAACAGCAAUUCACCGAAGCACAAAGGUUUGAUACAAAAUCAUUUUCAUAGUAAAGAAGAUAAAAGUGAAACCUCAUUACAAAAUGGAACCUGCAGCAAAUGACAUUGAACCUUCAAUGGACUCCUCUUUUAAAAGGAUUUUUAAGAGCGAGGAACUAUUAAAACUGUUAGAAACUUUUUGGCACUUAAAUUAUACUUAUUGAGUGAAUAGCACGAUAAAUUGUAUUUGCAUAUUUAAUGCAUGUUUCUGAGAAAA